GACAGCCAGGACGGAGAUGCAACUUAACUAAGCGGGAACGUUUUUGCUUCAGCUCUAAUAGCUGUUUCAAGCCACAGUUCUUUGACCAUCGGCCUGUCGACAAGCGGCAAGAAUGGGGAGCUUCUAAAUAUGAAAGAGCUGAUAGGCAACUACUGAUAAAAUGUCUUCUCAAUAGCAGAAGUUUAGGGGACUCCUUCUAAACUCUCCCGUCCAAGUGUGGCGUGACAGCACACUCAAAUGGAGGCUCUCAACGAGAAUGAGGCGAUGCGGGUGCUGCAGGCGGCUGCGGCGCUCGACGCGAGGGUUGGGCCCGGUGCCUCGGCGCCCACCGCACCUCUCCUGCCGUCAUCCUACGAAGCAUCGCCGGGCCCCGGCGCCAUACCUCCCGCUGCCAGCUCCGCUGCCCCCUCCGGCUCCUCUGCUUCUGCCUCUGGAGGUGACGCCUGGAAGGACUUUGCGGAGACAGAGGAUGGCGUUCGCAAGGGCGACUUGGACACGUGGCUGGACGUGUUCCGCGCUACGGCCCACAGCGUGCGCCACGCCUGGCGACAUAUGGAGUGCCUCACCUUCGAGUCCCUGGCGUUUGGAUGGCUGGCGCUGGCCCGCAAGCACGAGCCGCUGCCGUGUGUGCCGUCCAGUGCGGCGUGCGAGGAGGUGUACGACAUGUCCCCGCUGCGUCACUGGCUGGACGAGGCGCGCUGGGCCCAGGCCGCCUACCACUGCCCCACCGCAGACGACCUGGUGGCAGCGCUGGGCAUUGAGGCCUCCGACCUGCUCGUCCACGAAGCCACCUCCUCCUCAGCUGCCGCCGCGGCCGCGGCCGCCGCGGCCGCAGCGGCCUCCUCUGCCUCUGGCUCGUCCUCCUCCUCUGCCUCCGCCGCCGCCGCCACCGCAGCCCGGCCCGGUACCGCCUCCGGUCCCGGCCUGGGCGGCUGCCGCCCCGCCUACUUCGCAGCUGUGCACCACGCCAGUCGCAGUGUGCGCCUGGUGGUUCGCGGCACGGGCCACCUCAGCGACCUGCUCACCAACCUGGCGGGGCACUCCAGCCCGCUGCUAUCGGGCUACGCGCACCACGGCAUGCUGGCCGCGGCUCAGGCGCUGCUGGCGGAGGGCGAGGCGGCGGGGCACGUGCGGCGGGGGCUGGCAGCCAACCCCGGGUACGGCCUGCACCUCAUCGGCCACUCGCUGGGAGCAGGCACGGCAGCCAUUGUGGCUGUGCUCGCCACCACAGACGCCGCCACCGCCGCCGCCCUCGGCCUGGCGCCAAGUGCCGCUGCGCCGCCCGCUGCGGCUGACGGGGUGGACGGCGGCGGCGGCGGCGCCACCAGCAGCGCUGCGACGCCUCGGGCGGUGCGCGCGACUUGCUUCGCCACGCCGCCCGUGAUGACUGCCGAGGUGGCGGCGGCGUGUGCGGCGUAUGUGGACAACAUCGUGUACAACGCCGACCUGGUGAGCCGCUGCUCGGUGCUGAGCCUGCGGCGCCUGGCCACCGAGCUCAGCGGUGCCAGUCAGGAGGUGCUCAGCCGCAGCGAGCUGGCGCAGGCGUUCCAGCGCUCCGGCGCGCUGGGUCUGGCCAAUCACCUGGUGGCUCAGGCGCUGUGCCGCUGGACGCCCAAGGCCGAGCACAGCAACCUCAACAGCCAGAGCCGCGCGGUGCCGCCAGAGGCCGCUGGCGGCAGCGGCGGCGGCGGGCAGGGGCGCUCGGCGGUGGCGGAGGGGCUGUCGCUGCUGGGCGGGGCGCUCAACAGGGCGGCGGCGGCGGCUAUGGCGCAGCCGCCCGAGACCCUUCCACAUGGCCGGUUCUCGCAGCUGGCGGCGUUUGGCAACCAGCUCAAAGCAGCAGCUGCCAGCGCUGCGGCGGCUGCGGCAGCCGAGAUUCAUUCUGCAGCCGCAGCAGCGGCGGCGGAGCAACAGCAGCAACAGCAACAGCAGUGGCAGCCGCAGCACAACAACCCCUAUCAGCAAUACGCCGCUCCGCCUCACAAUGGCUCUCCGGGGCCGUCCUCCUUCGGCAGUGCCGCGGCGCCGCACGCCGGACCCCCCUCCGCUAGCAUGCUGCCGCCGCUUGUCGGUGCUGCUGGCAGCGGCCCUGCCGGCGCUGCUGGCUCGCCUCUGCGGCGCGCCACAACCGAUUCCCAGGGUGCCAACCUGCUGGCCCCGCCGCCGCUGCUGGCCGCGGCUCCGCCGCCGCCUCCACAGCCACAGCAGCCGGCCCGGCGCGGCGGGCUCUUCGGCUUCAUGGGCGAACUGAAGGCGGUGGUGAUGCAGCACCCCUCGGCGCUGGCCGCCGCCACAGCCGCCGCCGCUGCGGCCGCUGCCGCGGUGCUCACGCCGUACGGCGCCGCCGACCCGCACGGCGGUCCUGGCUACCAGCCGCCCUACCCGCAGUACCAGCAGCAGCCUUACUUGCAGUAUCAGCAGCAGCCCCCGCCGGGCGUCCACCUGCAGCCGCUGGCCUCGCCGCCUGUGCCUGGCGCCAUGCCGGCGACGGGCGUGCCGGCCGCGGGCACGGUCAUGGGCGUCCCUGUGGCUGUGCCGGGGCCGGCGCUGCAGCAGUACGCGGCGCCGCCAGCGAUGCUGCCGGCGCUGAGCCCCAGCCAGCGCCGUGAGGUACGGCAGCUGGGCUCGGGCGGCAGCUUGCUGGAGCCGGCGCCGCCACCGCUGCUGCCGCCGAUGCCUGGGUCCGGCGCGGGCCCCUUGCGCCUGAGCUCGGACGUGCAGCGGACGGCGUCGUCGGCGCAGCGCGGCGCGGCGCCGGCGGCGGGCGGGGAGGCAGGGGUAGGCGCAGGGGCUGCGGGGGCUGCUGUGGAUGCUGACGGCUACCAGUACCACGAGCUGCUGCUGCCGGGCCGGCUGUUCUUCAUUGAGCGCAAGGGCGCGGACGCGACCGCCUCCUUCCGUCUACUGCGCGACGCGCCGCCCGGCCAACUGCCCGAUUUCCGGGGCGGUCCCGGGCCCGUGGGACCCGAGGCGGCUGCGGCCGGACCGUCCGACCUGCGGUCUGGUCUGGUCCGCAUGCUACUCAAGCGCUCCAUGCUGCGCGACCACCUGCUGAGUCACUACAUGGCGGCGCUGGAGCGAGUGGUGGCGCAGGCGGGCACCCACCACCCCAACCCGCUCUACACGUCCUGAUGUCAGUCGUGAUGGCACUGAGUCAUCGGUCUGAGUGAUGGCACUGGGUGAUGGCUCUCGCCCAUUGGUGCAGGCGGCUUGGUUCGCUGGGCUGUUGCUGUUCUGUAGGCCACGUCGCGAGUGUGGUGUUGCGGGUGUGUAGGCAAGGAGUUCCUGGGCCGUGUGCUGUUGUGGAAAAGUGACACCGUGGCAGGGCACGAACUGUGCAUUGGGUUGGCAAACCUCCGUGUGCUUCAAUGUACAUUAAUGGUGUGGAAGACUGACGCCAUGACUGGGCCUGGCAGACGUUUUGCGAAGACUGACUGUCUCCUUAACUGUAGGUGUAUGACAAAACGACAUGCGGAGUGACGGGCUGACGGCCCUGUGAAGCCCUGCAGAAGGACUCAUGAUGCCGACGGGUCUGCCCGACGUCAAUACUGUGCCGCUGUAAGUCUGCAAUUGCCAAUGAUGCGACACCAAAAGGCAAAAGGCACAGGAACGUUUUGUGAAGUGCUGUGGUGU